UUAUAGCUGGACUGCGGCACGCAUUCUGACACUGGGAGGAACCGACUAACUGUCACUGACAUCCACACUGACACUAAUACAGUGAUCAGUGCUAAUGAAAAGCACUGACACUGUACUAAUGACACUGGGCAGGAAGGGAUUAACAUCUGGGGCAAUCAAAGGGUUCACUGUGUGCUGUUUGUGUUUUACAGCUGGGGGGUGUGUUUUUCACUGUAAGCACACUGCUGUGAAUGACUGUACUGUGCACAGCCAUCCCAAGCAGUGUGCUCGGGUUGACAGGGAGGAAUAUUGUUUUUAAACAA